CUCUACCUCACUUUUCUCGUACAGAACAAAAAAAAAUAUAUUUUUUUUAUUAAAAAAAAAAUAAAUUCAUAAAACCUUUUUUUAAAUAAAAUCUCUAUAAUUCUCUACAGUAAAUAAAUUUUUUUUUUUAAAAAAAAAAGAAAUGUCUGGUGUAGUCUUACCUACCCCUCAACAAGUUUUCAGUUAUCAACCUCUUGUUCAAAAACAACUUGUCAUCAAAAAACCAAUCGUAAAAAUUAUUCCUUAUAUUCCUCCUGAAGUUAUUCGUAUUAUCCUUUUUUAUUUAAGAAAUGACAAGAAAACCCUCGCUGCUUGCGCUUUAGUCAAUCAAACUUUUAAUCUACAUGUCACUCCCAUAUUAUACCAUACCGUCUCUUUCUCUUUCCCUUAUACUUUUACUUUAUUCGCUAAAGCUACUAUUAGUGAAUCUCAACGUUCUCGAAUGAUUCAACAUUUAGAUCUCUCAGGUUUCUCUACAAUGGGAUUACAAAAAAGCGAUUCUGCAAUUCAAAAGGUGGUCACUCCUCAAAUUCUCAUAAACAUCUUAAGAUCUUGCACAAUGUUGGAAGCUUUCUCCGUAUCUGAAACUUUGGAAUCCUCGGUCACUUUUGAUGUUUUAAAAGUUCUCGUAUUUGAAUGUAAGAAUAUUAAAGCUUUGGAUUUUUGUGGAUUAUCAUCCAAACAAUUCUGUUCAGCUCUUGCAUCCUUAGCAGAGGCUAUGGGACAGGUUAAACUUGUUCGACGUUUUAAUGAUGAAGAGAAUGAUGAUGAUGAUGAAACAAGAAUUUCAUUUCAAAAAAUUAAAACUCCAGUAUUACCACACCUUCAACGUCUUUCUCUUCAUAAAUGUCCAAUCAUUCCCGAGUAUUCAACCAUCCUCACUUUACUUGCACAUUCACCAAAUCUUACUCACCUUGAUCUAGGUGGUUGUUCUAUCAGUGAUUCAACUCUUGAUUUUCUUGCAACUGAAACUUAAUGAAUUCUUAAAAGCGAUGCCAAGUAUUCAAUAUAUUGAUCUUACAGGGGUGUCAUGUCUAACAGUAUUGGAGACAAAUAAUCUUUUCAAUGAUCUACAAAAUGAUCAUUCACUUCAAGUUAUUGAAAUGAGUGAAUCUUUACUAAAGAAACUUGGACCCAUCAACGGAUGGAAGAUCAAUGAAACUUAUAAUAGAAGAUGGUAUUACUUUAAGGAAACACUUGAAACAAAACCAGAUAGAUUUCACCCAAGAAAGUUAGACGUGGCUGAAUCCGGGCCAGAAAGAAUGAGCAAGAUCUUUUAGAAUUUUUUUUUCUAA